UUAUUGGGCAUUAUUUAGAAACAGCACAAAAAGAGAUCAGAAGAAAGAAAAUUUGAAGAAAGUUUGCCUUAUACACGAGGCAAAGACCUCCUUUCCUUUAGGUAGAGUAGAGGAAAUGGUUGGAAGAAAUCAAUGCAUGUUGAUAUUAACUAUAGUCCUUGUGUGUGCAGCUUUCACUUGCUCUGAUAGCAACAUCUCCCAGCCAUCAGUCAAUGCUAGUGAUGAUAAACCAGUUGGUUCCGAUACUCAAGGAAGUGUGGGUGUGGCUAAUAGCGGAGGAGAGAAUGAUAAGAAUGAUAGUGACAUAGGAAAAGAGAACAAGGAAGAGAAGGAAGAGGUCCUUUCUACUGUAACUGAAGAAACGAAGAUUGAUAAUUCUACUGGUGCUAAGGAGGUGGAGCUUGUUACCACAGAGACCGAAGAGACCACGCCUCUAGAUAAUUCUUCAGAACCGGAGAAGAAAGAGAAAGGGAACUAUAAUGAAUCAACAGAGGAGAGAAAAGAGGAGGAGGAGGGAGGCAUAGAAAGGAGAGAAGGGAAUAUUGAAACGGUAGAAUCAACUAAAGAGACAGAAGGUGAUAAACAAGGAGAGAAUGAUUCAACGACAUUAUCAGAUCAAGAUAAGGACACUUCUUCAACUCAAGAUGAAGCUACUAAUUCUUCCUCAGAAGAUCACACUCCCUCAAUUAAUGAUACAGAAUCAUCUGAACCUGACGAUAUUGUUACUUUUGAAGAAUUUAAGAAUCGUGCUAGUCAAGAGUUAAACCAACCUAUAAAACAANCCCAAGGUAUAACGCACCCACCAUUAAUCCUCAGUUUGAAGUGUUAGUAGAUUUAUAUGUAAUGUCAGUUUGCCAAAUAGC